AUGACGCCUAAGACCCAGAGCGUCCAAUCAAAGUCUACAACAGUCGAGCGAGUGACUCUCACACACCCACAGAUGAGCCAAUCAGGUGCCGCAGAAAUCAUGAGGCGCACCAAUAGAAAAUCACAGCGCGGCACAAACUGGAGGCACACAAACAGAGAACGGUACGUGCGUCCAGACAUACACAGGGUAGAACUGUACGCGCCUGAAUGAAAGGUUUCAAAACAAAUCCACGGUUUUAAUUUUUUUUAUAACUGCCGAGGAGAAGAUAGUUACACACACUUAAAAGAAGAAGUGAUAGUGGGGGAUUUUACAGCUGCUGGAAAUUUAAAUUACCCAACAUUUUUGAAGUUGUAGCAGAAGUUUAUACUCAGGAUUAUGUUUUAAGGGCUGUUUAUAUGAAAAUCAGCCACAACACAAUCAUCUUAGCGCAGUACCAACUGCCAGAUCUUAAACUGUUAUAAUCAGACAACUUGUUAUUGAUCUCUAUACCCCAAUUUAGAUCACUGAAGCCACCAAGAAUUUCAUGAUGACAUACUACUUAAAGGGUAUUUACCAUAUCAGCUGCUGUUUUCAACCUGUAUUUGUUAACCCAUGACUGGGCAAAAUCCAUGUACAUGGGUGUGGGUGCAGUUCAGUAAACUCCCUUGCAGUAUUAACACUAGAAGGACCACAGAGCAGCCAUUUGGCUUUACCCCCUUCAAGGACCACGGGGCAGCCGAUCGGCUGGAAGGCUUUUAGCUAAUAUCCUAAAUCACCCGUGAACACUCAUUUUGUUAUGCAAACGAGGCGAUCGUUGGUGCACCACAGGAGGGGACUGGACUAAGUGGUGUAUGCAGUGGGUUGGGACCACCCUCUCAUCAUAGAACUCCAGAGACGCUGAGCGUCCGAUGGGCGGGACAAAGCCCAGCAUUUAUCCAAUGAGUGUCUAGUUUCGCUGUUGGAAGUCAGCACACAUUGAAGUCAGCAGACGCUGAGCGUCCAGCUGUGUGAAGCGCGGAGGCGCUGCGAGGAUGAAUGAGAACGAAGUUGUGCCGGUUACCUGUGAUUAUCAGCAAAUUCCACAAAUAACGACACUCACAUCAAGUUGCACAUAUUCAAACCUCACGUGACAAAGGUGGGUUGUGCGCACAGAUCACAACAUUAACUCCAAUAAUGGCAUUAAAAUCGGAACCAUCUGUGCGUAAAGGAUGCAUUGCGCUCUUUCUUUCAUAGAUUUUGGCAUAUAAAAUAAAUUUGGCUCACAAAACUGAAUAUUAUAAUAUUCCUAUGUAGGCUUAAAGUAAAAAACUCAUCUAAUCACUGAAACAAAUCAUCUGUUCAGCCGCAGCAGCAGCAACUGCAGCAGGACGGAGAGAGGACACAGAGACAUGUCAAGGUCAAGCUGCGCGAGAAAUAAGAGGAAGAGGAAGAUAGAAAUAGGGGAAUACAAAUUGAAUAUCUUGUUAACUUCAUCGUGUGUGUCUAUUUACUAAAUAUUUAAUUUAAUUUAAUGCGGUUUCAGCUGUGUUGAUUUGGUCAGGUUGUGUGUCCAAACGCGUGCCAAACGGGCUCAUCAGAUCAGAAUAUAUCCAUAGAUCUAAAUGUAUGUGCCGACUCAGAUUAUUAGUUGUUGUUGAUUAUUUAUUGCACUGAAAUGUGCCUGACACUGUGGAAACCUGCUGGUGAAGCAUUGGUGACGUAUGCCAAUACGCCUAAAAUACCACUAGACCAGCUGCGCUCCGCCUGCGCUGAAAGCUGACCAGGUUUGAAUCGGCGAGCUUUCAGCGCACUUUACACGCCGGUGGCGAGCACGAAAAUGACACUGCGCCAGCUGAUUCUGUCGACACCUCCCCCUGCCACGCCACCACGCCCAGCUUGGCGGAUCUCGGUGCACCUCAGUCCACGAAAAUACCAAACUGGCUGUACGCCGGGCUCCGCCAGACCUAUCAAAGACCACGUGGGGGACAUCAGGUCAAUCACCAGGCCUCCUAUCAAAGACCACGUGGGGGACAUCAGGUCAAUCACCAGGCCCCCUACCACAGGCAGCAGAGAAGCCAUCAGGUUUACCACCAAAACCACCGGGCUCCCUACUACCAAGAACACCAGGCACGCACUCCCCCCCGAUGGCAGGUGGAGGAGCAGGCCAAUGAUGCAGAUGCAAAAGACAUGGCUAGAGUGCAAAAACUUGAAGAUCAGGUCGCAUCUCUGAGAAAGAACCUUGACAGUGAAAGACAGAGGGCCUCUUCCUUCCUACAAGAACGGGAGGUAAGUAGGAAUAUGUUUCAGGUUCUCCUCAGAAAGGAAAGGAAGCAAGUUCGGGAUCUGUAUGCUGAGAAAUGUUCUCUGGAAGAGCAGGUGAAAAAACUGCAAGAAGAUGCAUACAAACGAGCUAUGGAAGGAUCCAAAAAUAAAGAGGAGAUCCAAGAGCUCAGUAACCUUGUAGAAUCUUUGAGCAACAAACUGGAAGCUGAGAUGCUGAGAGCUAAAACCCUUGAAAAAGAACACGAGGGAUUUAGAUCUUCAGUUCAGGAGGAAGCCAAACAGGAGAUGAAGAAGAUGGAGCAGUUGGAAGCAGAGAAACUUUCUCUGGAAGAUGAGGUUAAGAAAUUGCGAGAAAAUGUAUACAGUAGAGCUAUGGAGGGAUCCAAGAACACGGAGAAGAUCCAAGAGCUCAAUGACCUGGUAUCAUCUUUGAGCAACAAACUGGAGGCUGAGAUGCUGAAGACUGGCAACCUCCAGACACAGCUGGAUGAGGCCAAGCUUCAGCUUCUUGAGGAAAAUAACCAAGAACUGCAGCUGGAUGAUGGAAUGGAUGAAGAAAAGGACAUUCUGGAGACCACAGCAGAUGAUCUGCUAAUGGAAACGUCAGAAAAUGAAGAUCAAGAGGAGACGUUUGAAGUCAUUGGCGAGGACAUCAGAGAGCCCUCCCCUGAACUGGACAACACUUUGGUGGACAGCGAAGAAGACGGUCCACAUACGGUUCUGGAGACACGUGAGAUGACCUUACCAACACCUGAGGUCAUUGCAGAAGCAACUGAACUGGAGUCCAGUUCAGGCGAGGACAUCAGAGAGCCCUCCCCUGAACUGGACAACACUUUGGUGGACAGCGAAGAAGACGGUCCACAUACAGUUCAGGAGACACCUGAAAUGACCUUACCAACACCUGAGGUCAUCGCAGAAGCAACUGAACUGGAGUCCAUCUCACUGUGGAGGAGGUUCAAAAAGGCCAUGACUCCCAAAGAUCGCCGCAAAUACAAGAGGCAGAGGCAGGACUGA